AUGUCACUAGAACAUCUUCUAAAUCCACUAACUUCAACUCCUACUUAUAUUAAAAUGACCCAAGAAUUCGAUUUCACCAAUCAUUCUCACCGUCGCUUGAAUCCAUUGACUAAUAAAUUUGUUUUAUGUUCACCUCAUAGAGCUAAAAGACCUUGGCAAGGUGCUAGAGAAGAAAUCAAAAAGUCUGCUUUACCUGAAUAUGACCCUAAAUGCUACUUGUGUCCUGGGAAUAUUAGAGCUACUGGUGAUAUGAAUCCUAAAUAUGAAUCAACAUUUAUAUUCACUAAUGAUUAUCCAGCUGUUAGAUUAGAUCAACCGGAGUAUGUGGGAAAGGAAUCAGAUAAAGAUAAUUUAAAAGGAAGGUUAUUAAAAACUCAAGGUGUUAGAGGUAAAUGUUUUGUCAUUUGUUUUUCUCCUAAGCAUAACUUGACUUUACCAUUAAUGUCAAAAUCAGAGGUUCUUGGUGUGGUUAAUUCAUGGCAAAAAUUAUACAAUGACUUAUACCAAGAAGCUAUUGACAACAUCUCACCAUACAAGUAUUUACAAAUUUUUGAAAAUAAAGGAUCUGCAAUGGGUUGUUCCAACCCACAUCCACAUGGUCAAGCAUGGUGUUUAGAUGUAAUUCCAACUGAAGUACGUGAUGAAUUGACAAACAUGAGAGAAUAUUUUGAAAAAUACAAUACUCAUCUUUUGCAAGAUUACGUUGAAUUAGAAAUUCAAGAAAAACAAAGAAUUGUUGCUCAGAAUGAUAAUUUCAUUGUCGUUGUUCCAUAUUGGGCAUUGUGGCCAUUUGAAACAUUAUUAGUUUCUAAGACUCAUUUGAAAUCAAUCAAAGAGUUCAAUGAUAAACAAAAGGAAGAUUUGGCAGAUAUUUUGAAAGUUUUGACAACAAAAUAUGAUAAUUUGUUUAAUACUUCAUUUCCAUAUUCUAUGGGUAUUCAUCAAGCUCCAUUUAAAUGUGAUCAUGAACAAGAUGAAUCAAUGUCUUGGUUCCAUAUCCAUUUCUAUCCACCAUUGUUAAGAUCUGCUACUGUUAAAAAAUUCUGUGUUGGUUUUGAAAUGUUGGGUGAACCUCAAAGAGAUUUAACUAGUGAACAGGCUGCAGCCAGAUUACAAGAAUUAAGUGGUGAUGAACACUACUUGAGUAAAGCGUAA